CUGCCACAUAGAUCUCUGAUUUCUCACCGCUGCGCCUCGCGACAAAGGUAGAAGCGACAAAUCGCCGUGGUUCUAUACUGCUAGGGCUGCCACCGUUUCCCGCGGGUUUUAUUUUUAAACUGGAGGCAGCAACCCGGUGCAGUUUUAUCACAUCGUAGUCUCGUGUCGGCCUCAUUCAGUUCGCCCAUGUUCGCUUGGACGUGGUGUAAAAAAAAAAUAAGUUUUAUACUUAGAAAAACUUUAGGAAAACUUUGAUUUAUUAUAACUAUUUGAAAGUUUUAUUCACAAGUUUUCCUGACGUGUGUUGUUUUAUUGUGAAGUGUGUCCGAAGUAGAUUUUUGACCUGUGUUCUGUUAUCACGCGGCGCGGUAGAUUAUAACGGAGAGGAGAAAAAAAACUUGAAACUUGAAAACAAAGUUUUAAAGUUCGUAAAGUGGUUCAAGUUUUCCUGUCUGUGUUACUUCAGUAACGUUGGUGUUGUCGUUGUCUGAUCCGGUAAGGAGACCACACAGAACAAUAUAUUCUACAUCUACAUAUAUAAUAUAUAGAUUCUAUCGAGAUUUCUAGAUCUAGAAUCAAUCUUCAUAUUUUCUUCUGCGGUUGGAAAAGCUCUGGAUCUUUACUGAAUAUUGUCAAUAUUGAUUGAUUUUAUUAACGGAUAUUUAACUGACUCAAGUGUGGUUCGCUAUGGGCAGUGUGACAGUUUGGCAGGGACUGUUGUUACUACAAGUGGUUGUUUGUUCACUACCCAACAUUCCCCCCUCAUUGACUGGUAAGGCCUGGCAGAGGGUGCUUGUCAAGCUGGGGAAGAACCACAAACUGUCAUGUGGGGCGGAGAACUUCACACCUUAUCUGACCGAUUGGAAGAAAGAUGGACAGUCUAUUAACCCAGGCUGGGAGAGGUUUAAGAUAACAAAUGAAGGGGACUUGCGGAUUAGAGAUAUUGAGAAAACGGAUGCUGGAUUAUACACAUGUAUUGCUACAAAUGGAUUUGGAAUGGUCAGCGUUAACCACACAUUUAUUGUUCAAGAUGAUGAAAGACAAAAGUUCUAUGAUGGGGACAAAGAAUACAACAUAACAGCUGAUGAGGAUUUAACUAAAGAUGGUGCUAUCCCGUUUUUUGAAGACCUUGAACAAAUGAAAAAAUCUAUGAAUAUGGAGAAGCCAGUGAGGUCAAUAAUUAAGUUAAUCUGUAAAGCAGACGGCAACCCAAAACCAGAGAUUACUUGGAUUAGAAAUGAAAAGCCAAUUCCUCAAAAAAGAGGUCACGGCCAUGCGAUGUUAAAAAUCAAUGAUGUAACCAAAGCAGACAGUGGUGCUUACAUGUGUGUGGCUCAUAAUCGCCUGGGUCAAGUCAACUUUACUUUUAAUAUACAAGUCAUUGAUGUGGUGAAUGAAAAGCCAAAGCUGAUUGCCCCCCACCCCCUGAACCAAACCGUCGAUGCUGGUAGCACAGUGUCUUUCCAGUGCUUUGUGGAGAGUGAGAAUGAUCCAGAAGUUAAGUGGUUGAAGCGAGUGGACAGACCAGAGGAAGGUAUCCAGGACACAGUGCUGGACUACGGCAAUGAAAAGUUUAUUGUACUGAAAAACCCAGGAGCCAUCUUAAAACUUCCUGAUGGUACCUACCUACACAAGCUUGUGAUUAAAAACGUCAGGGCUAAAGACGCUGGAUUGUUUGUUUGUUCAGCAACCAACAAGAAGGGAUUCAAUACAAGACAAGCAUACUUACACAUUGUGCCUGGUUCUGAAUCCAAUGAGGAAUACUCUGAUGACACCUCCACGUCUCACGGUUCCUCCAACAAAUCCUCAGACGACGCAGACACCAACCUGCCUCUCUACAUCGGCCUUCCUUCUUGCGCCGUGCUGGUUCUGAUACUCCUUGCAGUCUUUCUAAUGCAGCGCAACAACCGCUGCCGCCGGGCUGACACGUCCAGCAAAUCCCCGCGCCCACCUGUGCCUCCCCAUGAAAGAGACGCAUUUUACUACAGCAACUGUCAGCAGCAACAACAGACUGUCAACCCACUUUUGGCCUCCAGGGAAAAAAUCCCACCCAAGACACCGGCGCCUUCUGUAGACAUGGCCUGCUCUGAAUUUUCCUCUGUGUCCAGGGCUCAGCCCAACCAUUAUUAUCACCCUAACCACAUGAACUAUGGCUACUGAGCACAGUCAACAAAAACAAAAAACAUUGACAAAACUGUAAACCACGCUACGGCAAUUUCGUAUGCUGCGAUGAAGCAGGACUAACUGGCCAUUGGAUCAGUUUGCAUAAUAAGUUUCUUUUUUUUUUUUUCAACUACAAAACCACAAAUUGUCCUUGAUGGCAUAGAAUUAAUUCUUGCAUAAUUAUGACAUUAAUGAAAAACACUGAAGUCAUCAGUGGGCAACCAAGUUUGGUUAAAUUAAAUAGCAUUUAUUGAAAACUGGUGUGAUGAAAGAAAGCAGAAAGUUCUCUAAUGACUCUUAUAGAGUUGCAAACAUUUGAGCACAUUUUGAAGUACUAGAAUUGUCGGCCAUGUCUACCAGUAUGCCAUCUUCAAUAUUCCGUGUCAAAAUGUGCCUUCGUCAUCAAGUCAUGCUGUAUCCAUACCCUGUACAAUACUUACAAUCAAACCCACAAAGUGGAUUCGUUACUCCAUGGCUUUACAGCGGAUAACCCACAAGUGGAUAUGUCAUGGCUACACAGCCCCAUCUGUGUGUUGGCUAAGAUCCUGCAGCUAACAAUAUAAUUAGUUUCAUUAUGUCAUGUUAAUUAUAGUUACACAGCAAAAUAAAGCAGGGGAAUCCUGCUAUGGGUUAGAAAAGACUUUAACCCAAAGUCAGUUUUUUUAAAUUGCAUACAAAGUAACAGAUGUUUAAAAUUAAUUUGAAUUUAACUGUUAUCUUAUUUUAAAAAGGAAAAUAUCCCAUCACAAUUAUUAGUUUUAUUUUGUUGCAUAACCUUGCAACAUCUGUUAAGAAAAAGAAACACUUUUCGCUUUAAUUUAAAAUCUCGUUGAUUAUCCUAACUGGAUUUUUCAUACAAUUUUUUUUAGUGCUUUUUGCCCUAAAACUGGAAUAGGUUUUACUUAAUUACACAAAUUAGAAUGUUAAAGUUGUACAUAAUCUAUUUUGAUGUCUACCUUGACAGAAUAGAUGUCACAAUGUUUGUCAACAAAUGAGCUGCGCAGCGAGAUCCUUCAGCCUCUACUGUAACAUAAUGUAAAUGUGUAACUGCAUAUUUCCACUCAGGGCAACAUGUUUGAUGAUUUUAAAAAAGAAAAAAACUAUUUACUUGGAUAGUAGAUAGAAAAACCUUGUGUGAAUGUGAAUUCCUGAGUGAAUAGUUUGCUGAGUGAUUGUGUGUUGUAAAGCCAAUCAAAAUAUUCAUUUAACUUUCUUCUAAUUACAUUCUGUUUUUAAAUCAUUUUUUUUUCAAACAUUUUUUUUUAAAUUAUUUUUUUUGUUUGUUUAUUGGAUUAUUAGAACUGAUGCACUAUUGUCCUUGAUAGGUUUUUAUCUUUUAAAAGAGCUCUGUUGUAAAACAUCACUGAAUGUUUUCUGUAAUUCUGUUUUUUAGUAAUACCUUUUGUUAGCAUCAGUUGUGUAUGGUAGGGCCUGUACAUAGUGUUGUGAGUGUAGAGCAAACUUUCUUGUGAGUCUGUUGGAUAGGUGAUGUUGUAUGUGUGGACAUGUCAACAUUGCGUAUGCUGACAUUUGAAUAUUGUGGCAUGUUGCACAUGCCAUGCUAAAUGACAUGGUGACAUGUAUACCCUACAGCCUGUGAUCUUAAAGGUUCCAUGACAGAGAACCCAAACCUAAUAUUUGUUUCUGUAAAUACUUCAGUGAAUGGAAAGUGAUCGUUACUUUGUUUUAGUUGCUGUAUAAACUAAUAAUUUAUCCAGAAAAAAUUU